AUGUCAAAACAAAACAAGAACAACAAACGUAAUUUAGGUGAUGAAAACAAGAAGAAAGAUUACCGUCGUAAAAGUCACAACAUUGGUACUGUUGAAACAAUUAACAGUUUAACAGGUAUUGUAAAAACUGAAAGCAAUAAGAAUUACAUUGACUUGGAAAUUUGUAAUAAAAUUGUGUCUUUCCAAAUGGAUUCUGGUGCAACAGUUUCUUUAAUAAAUAAGCGAACAUUCAAAACUCUAAAUUGCCCAAAGUUGCGGAAUUGUACAAAAACCUUAUUUGGUUUUGGCAAAAAUGAAAUUCCAGUGCUUGGUGAACUUUGCGUAGAUAUCAAAUGUGGCGGAAAAGAAAGGGAAGUGGUAAUCGUUGUCGUGGAUGUCGAAAACUGUAACAAUUUAUUCGGUUUCGAUUUAUUUAAAGAAUUCGGGUUUGAGAUUCAACAAAUUUGUAACAUUACUGAAAGUGAAUCACACAGAAUUAGCGAGCUGUGUAAGAAAUAUGGUGAUAUUUUUGAACCAGCUCUUGGCACAAUAAAAAACUUUAAGAAAGAAGUCGAUCGAUUGACAAAUGCGGGUAUUUGGAAACCUGUGAAGUUUUCCCAAUGGGUUUCGCCUAUUGUACUAGCGCCAAAAGCUGAUGGUUCCAUAAGAAUUUGUGGGGAUUUUAAACAAGCAGUCAAUGCGCAAAUUGACAUUGAACAAUAUCCUUUGCCCAUACGCGAAAGUCUUUUCCAUAAAAUAAAUUGCGGUCAACAUUUUACAAAAAUCGACCUUAAGGAUGCGUAUUUACAAAUGGAACUCGACGAUGAAGCAAAAACAAUAAUGGUUGUCAACACUCCACUUGGGUUAUUCCUUACUAACCUAACGUUUACCUGUUUGUGGAAUGCAAUGGCUCACAUUGCCUAA